AUGCAGCUCUCGAUGGGGAGAGCAGUAUCCUUAAGAGGAAUUGCUUUCACUAGAUUCACCCUGGCUCCUUUGGUCAAAAACAUACCUUCGAAACGGACAUUGGCUUCUCUUGCAAACAAUAGCAAUUCACCAAAACCACGGAGAAAUCCGUCAGAGAGAUUUGACCCAAAAUCUAUUGAAAAUGGAUGGUACUCUUAUUGGACAUCCCGCUCGCUUUUCGAGCCCCAAACGUCUUCGGGCGAGUCCAAAGAUAAAAUUCGAAUGCUUCUACCCCCUCCUAAUGUUACCGGUCAGCUCCAUAUCGGUCAUGCAUUGAUGCUUUCAAUCCAGGAUGCUCUUGCUAGAUAUUAUCGUAUGAAUUCUCAUCCUGUGCAUUGGGCACCAGGAACAGACCAUGCUGGUAUUGCGACACAGUCUGUUGUUGAACGCAUGCUCAAAAAGAAGCGCGGAUUAUCAAGGAAUGAUCUAGGAAGAGAGAAUUUUGUUAAAGAGGUUGAAAAAUGGAGGGAUGAGUAUGGUGGUAGAAUUCUGGGUCAAAUGUCGAGAUUAGGUACCUCGACCACCGGGUCGGCCGAGUAUUAUACAUUAGAUAAAGGGCUGAGCGAGGCAGUUACAAAUGCUUUUGUUAGACUGUAUGAAGAAGGGUUAAUCUAUAGAGAUACGAGGAUGGUAAAUUGGAGUGUGGGCUUGCAGACUGCCAUAUCUGAUAUCGAAGUUAUCGGUGAGGAUGUUUCGAAAGGGACAAAGAUCGACGGAGUGGAAUUUGGUAUUCUUCACUCUUUUGCAUUUCCAUUAGAAGAUGGUAGUGGGGAAAUCGUGGUUUCUACCACAAGGCCAGAAACGAUUCCGGGUGACCGGGCAGUAGCAGUACAUCCCGAUGAUGAGAGAUACAAGCAUCUUCACUACAAACGUGUCUGCCAUCCCCUCCUCCCAGGUGUGACUUUGCCUAUCGUCCCCGACGCAGAACUGGUGGACCCCUCCUUCGGGACUGGAGCAGUCAAAAUUACACCAUGUCACGAUAUCAACGAUUAUGCAUUCUGGCAACGUCACUCUUUGUCUUAUGUUCCACCCUCCAAUAAAACCCAAGGUAAAAGAGUCGAAAUUCCCCUGGUCCCCGUAUUCUCUUCCACGGGCCAUUAUCUUCCUUCUAGUGGUAUUUCUUCCCUGGUUGGAGUUGACCGUCUAUAUGCCCGUAAAUCAAUCGUUCGGCUCCUUGAGGAUGCAGGUGUAUAUCGCGGAAGGAAAGAUCACGAUAUGCGCGUAGGAAAGUGCGAGAGAUCUGGAUGCGUAAUCGAACCUCUUCUCCAGCCACAAUGGUAUCUUUCCACAAAACCGUUAGCCGAAAAAGCUCUAGCACAAUCGGUAUCCCAGGGCUUAAUAAUCAGACCCGAGACUCCUUACUCAGAUGAAUGGAGACGCUGGUUGGAGGGUAUUCAGGAUUGGUGCCUGUCACGGCAAAUUUGGUGGGGACAUAGGAUCCCCGCUUAUCGGGUGCUAGAGCCAGGGAAGUCUAAGGAGAGAUGGAUUAUUGCUGCCAGCGAAGCAGAGGCAAAAAGCCAGCUUACUGAGGAUGAAAGGCGUAGAGGAUGUGUUCUUGAACAAGAUUCAGAUGUGCUGGAUACGUGGUUUUCGUCUGGGCUGUUGCCUCUGAGUACAGCUGGGUGGCGCGGAAACGAAAUGGCAGAGGGCCACCAAGAAUGGAAGAAAAACUAUCCCUUGAACUUCAUUGAAAGCGGUGGAGACAUACUAUUCUUCUGGUUGGCAAGAAUGGUCAUGCUUUGUACAUGGUUUUCUGGAAAGUUGCCUUUCGGGGAGAUAUUACUUCAUCCCCUGGUCUGCGAUGCCAAAGGCCGAAAAAUGUCCAAAUCCGUUGGGAAUGUUCUUGACCCACUCGCUGUCGUUGAGGGGCGGACAAUAGACAGGAUCAUACAAGAGAUCGAGGCGGAUAGUAAAGAAGAGAUAGAACUUGGAAAAUCAUUGAACACCAAAGCUGGAGAAAAGCAAGCAAAGGUUGCUCAAACUCUUGUCAGAAACAAAAUCAAGGAAGCCCAGAAAACCUUCCAACAAGGAAUCACGGAAAGCGGGUCGGAUCCCUUAAGGAUGGCUUUAAUUGACUACACUAGACAAUCACGACAGAUCAACAUGGAACUAAGGCAUAUUGAUACAUUCCGGAGGUUGGGGAUUAAAAUUGAUAAUGCAUUCAAGUUUUUCCAUAACUCCCGGAAGCCCUCCGAUAAAGCUUUUGGGACUGCGAUUGAAGGAAGUAGUAGAACCUCUACCACGAUAAAAUCCUGGAUAGAGGGACUAGAUAAGAAAAAGACGAGACUCCAUGAUUGGUAUAUGCUUUACUACCUACGAGAGCUCGUGGGAGUCUGCAACACGGCAUUUGAAGAAAGAAAACUCUACAAAGCUACAGAGGCGAUUAGAGCAUUCACAUUCGACGUGCUAUGUGACGUAUACCUGGAGUUUGUUAAGGAGGAAUUGGGAGAUGGAAAUAGACGAGAGAUCGCCAUGGGAAUGACGUUCCAUGCGCUCGACGUCACACUACGUCUCACCCAUCCUUUCAUGCCCUUCAUCACCGAAGGCCUCUGGCAAGAACUCGACCCCAGGAACAGGGCAGAAGUAGACGGCACCUCAAUCAUGCUUUCAACCUUCCCCAGCGUCGGCAAUUUCCCAGAUAUUGAAUUCUCGCAAGCAGAACCGAUGAAAAGUGUCCUAGAACUUGUAGAAAGCCUGCGACGCUCCAGCCAUGACGUCUCAUCCUCCCCAGACAAACGUUCUAAAAAGGUCGCAUCAAUUCUUCCACCACAGGAUGGAAGCUUAACAGAGUAUCUGAUAGAGAAGAAAGAAACUCUGGCUAGACUUUCGAGGGUUGAAAUUAGAAUGAUCUUUAGUGAGACUCGCUGGAAUGAGGUCGAAGCUGACCCGGUAGGUAGCGCUGAUGGGUGGGCUGAACUCUCACAAUCUAUCGACAGCCAGGAUGGAGUAUUGGUUAUAGGUCGUAGAACUAAUACCCAGUAG